UUCCUCUUGUUUGCUUACUAUGCCCCACCUGGGGCCCAAGGUACUGUCCCCGCCCUCUGAACCCUGGGAAAACCUAGGUGACCUGGGAGAUCUAUUCGUGCGAUGGCGUGGGACUUCUGGCGACUGCGGGCCGGAGACGGAGAAAUAGGGGUGCGGGGAGCGAAGCCUUACAGGAGGCUGCCCCGCCCCACUCCUCUAGAUUUCCUUGAGGAGGGAACCGCCCCGUUCCCGCCCCUAACUAGUCCGGCCGCAAGAAGCUCCUAGGAGGUGCAGACCCGCCGACCUGCAGAGAUGGAGGCAGCCAGCACCUGGGCGCUGCUGCUGGCCCUGCUGCUGCUGCUGCUGCUGGCUCUGACGCUGCCCAGGACCCCGGCCCGAGGCCACUUACCCCCGGGGCCCACGCCGCUGCCGUUGCUGGGGAACCUCCUGCAGCUGCGUCCCGGGGCGCUGUACUCGGGGCUCUUGCGGCUAAGUAAGAAGUAUGGGCCCGUGUUCACGGUGUACCUGGGCCCCCGGCGCCGCGGUGUCCUGGUUGGACAUGAGGCUGUAAGAGAAGCCUUGGGAGGUCGCGAGGAAUUCAGCGGGCGUGGAACCUUAGCAACGCUGGACAAGACCUUUGAUGGUCACGGAGUUUUCUUUGCCAAUGGGGAGCGGUGGAAACAGCUGAGGAAAUUCACCCUGCUCGCUCUCCGGGAUCUGGGCAUGGGCAAGCGCGAAGGCGAGGAGCUGAUCCAGGCGGAGGUGCAGAGUCUCGUGGAGGCUUUCCAGAAGACAGAAGGACAUCCAUUCAACCCUUCCAUGCUGCUGGCCCAGGCCACCUCUAAUGUCGUCUGUUCCCUCAUCUUUGGCAUCCGUUUGCCCUAUGAGGAUAAAGAGUUCCAGGCUGUGAUCCAGGCAGCAAGUGGCACCUUGUUGGGGAUCAGCUCUCCAUGGGGCCAGGCCUACGAGAUGUUCUCCUGGCUACUGCAGCCCCUGCCGGGCCCACACGCACAGCUCCAGCACCACCUGGGCACCCUGGCUGCCUUCACUAUCCAGCAGGUACAGAAACACCAGGGAUGCUUCCACGCCUCAGGUCCUGCACGCGACAUCGUCGACGCCUUCCUGCUAAAGAUGGCGCAGGAGAAACAAGACCCAGGUACAGAAUUCACCGAGAAGAACUUGCUGAUGACGGUCACAUACCUGCUGUUUGCUGGGACGAUGACCAUCGGUGCCACCAUCCGCUAUACCCUCCUGCUCCUACUGCGAUACCCUCAAGUCCAACAGCGUGUUCGGGAGGAGCUGAUCCAGGAGCUGGGCCCCGGCAGGGCUCCGAGUCUCAGCGAUCGAGCUCGCCUCCCGUACACAGAUGCUGUUUUGCACGAGGCACAGCGUCUCCUGGCAUUGGUACCCAUGGGAAUGCCCCACGCCGUCACGAGGACCACUUGCUUCCGAGGAUACACUCUGCCCAAGGGCACUGAGGUCUUUCCUCUGAUUGCCUCCGUACUGCAUGACCCUGCGGUUUUCCAGAACCCAGAAGAGUUCCAUCCAGGCCGCUUCCUGGAUGUCGAUGGUCGGUUGAGAAAGCACGAAGCCUUCCUGCCUUACUCUUUAGGUAAGCGAGUCUGUCUGGGCGAAGGCCUGGCUCGGGCGGAGUUGUGGCUUUUCUUCACUGCCAUCUUGCAAGCCUUCUCCCUGGAGACCCCGAGCCCACUGGGGGACUUGAGUCUGAAGCCAGCCAUCAGCGGACUUUUCAACAUUCCCCGGGACUUCCAGCUGCAGGUCUGGCCCACUGGCGACCAGUCCAGAUGAAGGAAAGACGUUGGAAGGUGGGAGCCAUCUGGGGCGAAACAGCCUCAAGGGUGUGUGUGUGAGGCAGGUCUCUUGGAAGCUACGUCACGUCACACACCACGCAUCUGUGGAGACCGGGGACCACACCGCCGCUACACAACCGCACAACAACGGAAGCAUGUGCUUUUUUUUUUUUUUUUUUUGGAGAGGGCCGUGACACAAGUCGAUCUCAAACUUGUAAUCCUCCUGCCUCAGCGUCCUGCGUGCUGGAAUUACUACAGGUGUGCACCACCAUGAGCUGCGUAGGCUUUCGGCCCACGUAAUGUAAUAUAGGCUAUCUGGAAUUACAAGCAUAUAGCUAGAUACCCACUGUCCACCACACAACUCUGUAUGCUCGCAAACCCAAUCCAGCUGCUGCCCACACAGACACACAAACGACCCAGCUGCAUUCGGGACGCUUCCUCUCUCUCCCUGUCUAACACGCUCAGCACCACUGUUGCUGGGUCCCCGCCACAGAAAACAGCAUGCCCCAGCUGGGGUCACGUCACAGCCAGAACGAUGUUCCUGUCUACUCCCAAGGCUGACCUCACCACCAUCCAGGCACAUGAGUGGCUCAGUCGACGGCCACCAGCCAGUAGCCCACACAGCCAAACCAUACGUGACAGUGUCUUGGCCCUUCCAAACUUCUUCCCACUGAGACAUACCGUGACGACAAACUGUUCCCCAGCCGCCUCCACACCCUUGCCCCUCAAACAUGCUCCUUCCAACAAACUUUCCCAACUAUAAAUGUUUCCUGGUCCGUAAUUGUGCAAACAGACCUCGUGCUAAUGAGGACCAGCGACCCAAAGAAAAAACUUUCCCAGCCAUGCUUUAUAUAAUCAUGUUAUCUGGGGGCCUGUUCCCAAACACAUUCUGGUCUCAAGCUGCCUACAAGUCUUCAUCGGAGAGCUGGGAAUGCCUUCUUCCCCUGAAAGGACUAGCAGGGCUGCCUGCUGCAGGGGAGUGCCGCUGGCUGUCUCCAGCCCUCCUCCCCCUUAUCAAGACAGAAGCCAUAGCCGACCUCUUUGUGACUUGAAGGUCCCCAUUUUGCAAUAAAAGUUUGUUUCUGGCCCAGAA